UAAUCAGCUUUCUUAUAUUUAUAAUUUAUUUAUGCAUUUUGAUUUUGGUUUUCUCAGCAAUUUUGGGUAAUUGGGGGUGGAACUGAUUUCCUAGAAUUCCCCUUUUUCUCUUGCGGGAGUUGGGUAGGGGCAUCAUUCUUCUAGUUAUUUAUUUGGCGAGGCUUCCUUUUAUCCACAAUGUUAUGUCCGCCGUUCCCGCGAUUCCAGCGAAGUUUCGGUUGAUGCGGGUUAGGGCUUUAUGGCUUCGUCUUUAGAAGCCCAUCUGGUUUUAUAGUGCAUUAAUUUUGAUCUUGUUAUAUGCUAUAGUAUAGUAAUAUAAUAUAAGGCACAGUGGCUUUGCGAGACAUUUCGAAAAGAAGAUGAUUGAUCAGUUCAUCAAUUUCGUGAUUCGGCCUCCUCGGGCAGAGUAUAACCCGGAUCAGUAUUUGUGUGAGACAGAUUUCACUCUUGCUAGCAGAACAUACAAAAGAGAUGAUUUGGAGCUUAGGAAUGGACGAGGCCAUACUUUACAAUGCAGUCAUUAUGUGCCUUCGCCUUUUCCAGAAGAUACUUCUUUUCCUUGUGUUAUAUACUGCCAUGGAAACAGUUUGAAGAUGGAAGAUGGAAGAAGAAGGCUUUUCUCAAGGUCCUUGAGUGGAUGUAGGGCAGAUGCAAAUGAGGCUGCAGUUACUCUUCUUCCAUCAAAUAUUACCGUAUUUACUCUUGACUUUUCGGGGUCAGGCUUAUCUGAUGGUGAUUAUGUCAGUCUUGGAUGGCAUGAGAGGGAUGACCUCAAGGUGGUGGUGUCUUAUCUAAGAAGCAACAGACAAGUCUCAUGCAUAGGUCUUUGGGGACGAUCUAUGGGUGCGGUGACAAGCCUUCUUUAUGGAGCAGAAGACACUUCUAUAGCAGGAAUGGUGUUGGAUAGUGCCUUCUCAAACUUAUUUGAUUUAAUGAUAGAACUUGUGGAUGUAUACAAAAUCAGGCUUCCGAAAUUCUCAGUUAGGAUGGCUGUACAUUACAUGCGAAGAGUGAUUCUAAAGAAGGCAAAGUUUGAUAUCAUGGACCUUAAUUGUCUCCAGGUUGCAUCUAAGACAUUUAUUCCCGCUUUAUUUGGACAUGCUAACGAGGACAAAUUCAUUCAGCCCCACCACUCUGACCUCAUAUUUAAGUCCUAUGUGGGGGAUAAAAAUAUUAUAAAAUUUGAUGGUGACCACAACUCCUCACGUCCACAAUUUUAUUAUGAUUCGGUGACCAUUUUCUUCUACAAUGUCCUUCAUCCUCCCCAAAUGUCUUACUAUUUGAGUAAGCUUGAGAAAUAUUAUGAGUUCAGAGACCUGAAGGUUGGUGCUAGUAUGGAUGAGAACUUGUUGUAUGAGCUCAUUACUGGUCUUCAUAGUGUGGGUACUGAUGGCGCAAGUUCAUCUGCCUCUAGCAUUUCAACCCCAAAAUCUGUGGGUGGAAUUUUUCCCCAAAUUGCACCAAUUACUACUGUAGUUGAUCCCAUUCUUGAAGAAGAUGAUUCACUUAAUGGUGAUGGGUCAUCACAACUGCAGGAUAAGCCAAAUGGCCAAAACGAGGAGUGUUAUUCUUAUGCAAGCUCAAAUAGAGAGAGUUGGGGAAGAUGCUCGUCACUAGGAAGCAGUGAUGAUGAAGCUUCUACAAAUUGCACAGCUUCUAACUGCCAUCAGCGGAGUCUGAAUUUAUCUGCGGCACCUCUUAAAACCAUGCAACAAAGUCGGGAAUCAUUCCACUUGCCAAAAGAAGAAAACAAGAAAAAGACUAUGCUGGUUUCAAAGUCGCAAAGACAGACAAAGAGUGGGAAAUUCCAAAAGCUUGGGGCCCUUGGCCAGCGUCUGCGACUUUGCAUAUUAAAGGGGGUUGCUGACAGGAGACGUCACUCACCAUGACCACUUCUAUUUAUAGAAAUGUUAUCAUUGUUCUGUUCUGUGGCUGUUUAUUCCUCUCCAACCCAUGUACUGUUACAGGUUACCUUUUCACAUUCUUUGUAGGAGUUUUCAAUCCUUUGCAAGCUG